AAUAUAUUUUUACGUCUAAAGUGAGCAUUGUUGCCUGAAACCCAAGUCAUUGCCUUAGAGACACAUAGUAAUAAAGGGAAUAGUAAUGACAGAAGUGAAUCUGUUUGGAAACAAGUUAAUGGUGCCUUUUCGUUCAUCAGCUCCUUCUGUCUUUGUCGCUUCAGGAUUUCAUUAGUAAUUGAAGAAUAUUUUGUGGUAAACCCAAGUCAGAUCCUUAUGUAUACCUGCCUUUUACGGUUCACACUUGAGUUUUAUUGCUGUUGGAUGUACAGUGCUGGAUCGAAGAACGUCUGAAGAUUUAUUUGGCAAGGAUUACUUGAUACUUGACGUGUCCACAACUCUCUCCAAAGUAAUUUAUCGGGAUCCACACACCGAUAAACUUCAUUGACUCGAUUCCUGGGAUACUACGGCCCCCACGUAAGCGUUUCCGAUGGUGAUCACUUCGUCAGUUGAGGAGAAGCCGCAGCCUUCUAACAGAAUGGUCGCAAACUUGCCGACUGAAUCCUGGAUUGGCAACCCAGAUCAGAGUCGCUACAUACCCCAGUCACACCUGCUACGGAAGCCGACAAGAAGUGGAAGCAGCUCAGGAUGCAAGCCCUCCUCCUCUACCCUCUGCCAGCCUGCCGCCUUGGGCUUCUCCCCCGCUGAGCCAACCAUGUCGAGCCAGCACAGCCACCCCUCCUUCAACAUCAACUCCAUGGCCGAGCAGCAGCAGGUGCUGUCAGAUAUGACCAUACUGCAGAGGAGGAUUCCCCCGAGUUUCCGAGAUCCUGCAAGCGCCCCGCUGAGAAAGCUCUCUGUCGAUCUCAUCAAGACUUACAAGCACAUCAAUGAGGUGUACUACACUAAGAAGAAGCGGCGUGCUCAGCAGGUGCCCCCUGAGGACUCCAGCACCAAGAAGGAGCGCAAGGUCUACAAUGACGGCUACGAUGACGACAACUACGACUACAUCGUGAAGAACGGGGAGAAGUGGCUGGACCGCUACGAGAUCGACUCGCUCAUCGGCAAGGGCUCCUUUGGACAGGUGGUGAAAGCCUAUGACCACCACGAGCAGGAGUGGGUGGCCAUCAAGAUCAUCAAAAACAAGAAAGCCUUCCUGAACCAGGCCCAGAUUGAGCUGCGGCUGCUGGAGCUCAUGAACAAACACGACACAGAGAUGAAGUACUAUAUAGUCCACCUGAAGAGGCACUUCAUGUUCCGGAACCACCUGUGCCUGGUGUUCGAGCUUCUCUCCUACAACCUAUACGACCUCCUGCGCAACACCAACUUCCGCGGCGUCUCCCUCAACCUGACGCGCAAGUUCGCCCAGCAGCUGUGCACGGCGCUGCUCUUCCUGGCCACGCCCGAGCUCAGCAUCAUCCACUGCGACCUCAAGCCAGAGAACAUCCUGCUGUGCAACCCCAAGCGCAGCGCCAUCAAGAUCGUUGACUUUGGUAGCUCCUGUCAACUGGGCCAGAGGAUCUACCAGUACAUCCAGAGCCGCUUCUACCGGUCCCCAGAGGUGUUGCUGGGGAUGCCGUACGACCUGGCUAUAGACAUGUGGUCCCUGGGCUGCAUCCUGGUGGAGAUGCACACGGGAGAGCCACUGUUCAGUGGCUCCAACGAGGUGGACCAGAUGAAUAAGAUAGUGGAGGUGUUGGGAAUCCCUCCCAACCACAUGCUGGACCAGGCCCCCAAAGCGCGCAAGUACUUCGACAAGCUGUCCGACGGCCUGUGGACCGUCAAGAAGAACAAGGACAUUAAGAAGGAGUACAAGCCCCCAGCCACGCGGAGACUCCACGAGAUUCUGGGGGUGGAGACCGGGGGUCCGGGCGGGCGGCGGGCUGGGGAGCAGGGUCACGCCCCGUGCGACUACCUGAAGUUCAAGGACCUGAUCCUGCGCAUGCUCGACUACGACCCCAAGACGCGCAUCACGCCCUUCUACGCCCUGCAGCACAACUUCUUCAAGAAGACCACGGACGAGGGCACCAACACCAGCAGCUCCACGUCCACAAGCCCUGCCAUGGACCACAGCCACUCCACGUCCACCACCAGCUCCGUGUCUAGCUCGGGUGGAUCCAGCGGUUCUUCCAACGACAACCGAAAUUACCGGUACAGCAACCGGUACUACAACAGCGCAGUCACUCACACGGACUACGAGAUGCAGAGUCCUCAGGCUCCGUCUCAGCAGCAGUUGCGGUGGCCUGGCGGUGAGGCAGGCAGUGACCCCCAGUACCCCCAGCUGCUGCUCCACAAGCCGGCGGCCACGCAGCACUCGCGCCACUUCAUGGGCGGCGGGGGCAUGAUGGAGACGCACCACCCGCACCCCAUCUACGGCAGCCACCACAGCAACGGGCGCGGGCUGCGGCAGCCGCAGGGCCCACAGAACCAGCCGCAGGGCCAGAGCUCGCAGCCCGGCCAGCAGGGCGGCGCUCUCCUGCCCGUCUCGUCCCCGCAGAUGCAGGACAGCAUCGAGCUCAGCCUCACGCACCACCACCACCUGGGUCAGUCUUCCAUCCUGCAGCCGCCCCCACCGUCCAGCCUGGACUCCAGCCAGUACGGCUCCUCAAACCUCCACCUGGGCCUCUCCGCCUUUCGGACUAGGACGGUCAUGGGCGCUCAGCCCCCACAGGCCGCCUCCCAGCAACAGUUGGCCCAGACGCCGGCCUCUCAGGACAGCAUGGUAGCUGCCUCGGGCCUGGGCUACAUCCCCCCCUGCUACCCGGGCAGUAACAACAAUAACAACCCCCCCCAGGGCAGUGUGGGGGUGGGCGGCGGCCUGCUCACCGGGGGGCCUCCGCCUAGGGGAGUUGGGGGCGGAGGGGGGCGGCCCGAUUCCGAGGAGUCGGCCAUGAUGGGCGUGUGCAGCAGUGGAGGUGGCAGCGGUCAGAAUGCAGCCAACUCUUGAUAAAUCUUGAACAAAUUCCAAAAGCCAUACAAAAAGUUUUAAAGGAUAAAAAAACAUAACAAGGAUGAUCCAACACGCAUUACGGACGCAUAUAGUAACAAACACCUGACACACAGAUGACACAUACACACACUUGGCCACUCAUGACAGAAAUGCAGAGAUAAACUUGUGAAAUAUCAAAAGAUUUUUUUUUUUGUUUUGUUUGUUUAUUUUUUGUUUUGUUUUGCAUGGGAAGAAGUUGGAGGGAGGGGAAGUGGGGAGGAUUUGAGAACUUUUUUUUUAUUUUUUUUUUUUUUUUUUUUUUUUUUUUUCAGUUGAAUUUUUUUCCCCUUUUUUUCUGUUGAAAGAAUGGAGCAGAGGGCUGAAGUGGUUGGAAGUGAAAGUUUCAGAAAGUUUGUUUUUACAAUUAUUAUUAUUAUUAUUAUUAUUAUCAUUAUUAUUAUUAUUAGAUUUUAUGUGAUUUGAGGACAGGUUUGCAGCGAGAUUUCUGUUUUGAGGGUUUUUUGAGUGUGGGAAAUAGAGGGCUGAGGAAGGAUUGAUGUGAGAAACCGAAUGUGGUGCUUAAGAGAAAAGGCAAGAGAGAAAACCCUUUUUUUCGACUUAUGGUCUAGAAGUAAUUUUUACAUUUUUAAUUUAUUGAAAAUCACUACAUGCGGAGGGAAACAGAUUGGAAAAGAGUUCAAAUUUUGAGAGGAGGGUAUUUUUUUCUGGGGAUUAUUUAUUCUGUGAUUUUAAUUUAUACAGUUUAUAAUUUGUUAUCUUUUUUUUUUUUUGAGGGACAGAUGACACGCAUACACAAGACAAGUUAAACAAACUGGGAUUUUUGACUUUUUUUCCGUUCAGUAUGUCCCACUCCCCCCACUGUACCCCCCUACCCCUCUCAAACACACACAAGAGACACACACACACACACACACACACAUACACCCUCGACACAUAACAGAGAAAACACUUUUGUUACUUUUUUUAUGUUUCCAAUCUUCUCUCGCUUGACAACACUGGCUUAUAUAUCUCGAAACUUAUGAAACAAAAAACCAUACAAAUAAAGAGUAAAAAGCAAAUGACAAGCAAAGCGUAGUCACACCACAACGAGAGAGUGCCGUCUGGCGGAGGCUGAGACGCCAGCCGCUCCCAAGAGGAGAGGGGGAAACCGAACUCCCGCGUCACUGCUACGGAGGAAGUGAUGCGAGGAGCACGAAGAGGAGAAAAAGAAGAAAAAACACAUAAACAACAACAAAACAUUUUGCCAGAAGGAAAACCAAAAUGCUUCCCUGUUGUUUGUUUAAAAAUAGUCUGCCUUCUAACUUCGCCAUCUCAUCAGACUGUCUCUUGAUCUCUCCAUCUCUCUCUCUCUUACCCUCCUCUCACACACACACACGCGCUCUCUCUCUCUAGCCCUCUGUCUGUCUCUUGGGUUUUUUUUUUUUACUCGGAGUUAUUUGUUUUUUGUUUUUUUGACAGAAAACUCUGAAAAGUAACAUUUUUGUUUCUUGAUUAUUAUUAACUCGAGAUAUGCUAAGCCAAAUCUUGCUCACUCCCCUUCUCUCUCUGUCUUUUCUCAGCUGAUCUUUCUUAUCUUCCUCUGCCCCAUGUUUCUGUUUGAAGGAGGCGGUGGAGGGUCUGUGUUUCUUUUUUUUUCUUUCUGAUUUUGUUUUUGCAGGAGGAUGGAGUACAUAUAUAUGUGUGUAUAUGUUUCUAUAUACAUGAGGAGGGGAUGUCUCUCACCCCCUGAUCCCCCUGAUAAGCGCUCUCCCUCUGGCUCUGACUUCGCAUCUCUCCCUCCUGUUUUUCUCUUGCGCGUCUGUUCCCUCCCUCCUUCCUACUUCACAGCACUCUGUGAGUGCUGUGGGCCAUCAAGUCAGAAAAAAGUGAACUACUUCUCUCUCGGCUGCUAUCUCCACUCUCAACCAUGUUCGGAUUGCUGCUAAAGAAAAACAGACAGAUAAAUAAAUGAAAAAUAAAUAAAUAAAUAAAAAUGAAAACUUUUUAACCCUCCUGCUUCAGAAAAAAAUGGAAAAUAAACCACUGCAUCUCAUGUAUUUAUUACUAUUUAACAAGAAAAAAAAAGAAAAAAAUGAACCUGUGCCCUGCUUUGUCUUUUAUUUGGUUCCUUUUCUUGCUUUCAGGGAAAUCACUGCUUGUAUUCAUGUGACCUUUCCUCUUAACAAUGCUAUGUAUUUGACAUAGUGCCUGAAAAAAUGAGUGGGAGCAAUGCACAUGAAAGAUAACAAUUGGUCUUAUGAGAUAACUUUGUAUAUUUUACCAGGGUCAUUUUAACAUUUACCUGCCAUGCAACUGUAUGGCUAAAAUGUGAAGGUAUAUGUUUUUGUCCGAUUUUGUAUAUUGACACCAUGGGGGUAUCUCGUAUAACAGGGUUAUGAGUCCUACAGGCGCAUCUGAGGAAUAAAACUGGAAAUGGCACUUCUACCUAAAAUCCAUGUUCCAGGUUUACUCAGUGGCCAGGCCAAAAUGAAUCAGGUGCCCCUUCCCUAUUUUGAAUAAAAACAAGUAGAUAAACACAGAUUAAGUACCCUGUAUUUUUAGAUGUUAAGAUUUUCACAGGGAUCUUGCUUUUUAUUUUAUUUAUUUAUUUUUUUUUUUUAAUUAUUGGAUGUCCUCCAAAACAGAUCAUACACGUUUAUCAUCCUCUGUAGGACUAUACUAUGCAAUGGUUAAUACUGUUCUGCCCCAGUUUGAGAUGUACUAAGGAAGGGGAUGUCCCCUCUCCCCUCCCUUCCCCUCCCCUCAAGAGUUUAGUCUGUACGUUAUGACCUGUAAGAUUUAGAUGUGGUCCAACCAUGUAGGAACUGCCAAUCUGAAAGAGUGUUUAUGAAUUGCUAGUGAAUCUCGUAAUCCCCAUGGUGAGUGCACUUUAAGGAGGGAAAGAUGAAGGGGUGUAUCUACUGACGUCUGUCAACAAGAAACCUGCUUCUUCUGCCAUAGCAGUUGAUAAACGAUUGAGGUGAGCAUUUUGCUACAGUAGCCUACUUAAAUAGGAUGGGUAACUAGAGUAAACAGCUACAUUUAGGCCUUAACACUGGGCAAUUGCAUAAUGUUUUACAGAGUCUAUUAAAAAGUAUAGAGGUUUCAAACUGUAAACACCA